AUGGAGAGGGAGGAAGAAGCCAUGCCAGGGAGUGAGGAGGAGGUGGGCCAGGAGCUGCACACAGAAAAUGAAGAAGAGGAGCAGCAGGAAGAAGGGGAAGAUGAGCAGGCGGUGGUGGAGCAAGAUGGGAGGAUGGCAGAUGACAGAAGCAUGGAAGAGUGGAACGGUUUUAUUUCAGGGGAUGUGGGAGUAGCUGGAGUGGUGGUGGAGGAGGAGGAGUGGAAGCCCGGUGACCCGGUGACCCCUCAGCACAUCCUCAGGCUGAAGGGGUACACUAGAGAGUACCUGUGCUCACCUGAGGACAACAUCUACAACAUCAACUUCUCUCGCUUCAAGAUCAGGGACUUGGAAGGUGGGACUGUUAUCCUGGAUAUCAAGAAACAAUGCCCGAUAGAAAUUAAAGAUUUCAAGGAAGUGGAUGCAGGACGAUUCAUACGGUAUCACUUCUCCCCUGCGUUCCUGUCCCUCCACGAGAUCGGAGCUACGCUGGAGUUUACGGUGGGCAGCAAAGCAGUGAACCACUUCCGACUGAUUGAGAGGCACUACUUCAGAAACCUUCUGCUCAAAACCUUUGACUUUGAGAUUGGCUUCUGCAUCCCAUACAGUAGAAAUACCUGUGAGCACAUUUACUGCUUACCCGACCUGGGGCCAGGCACAGUUGAGGAGAUGAUUGCCAACCCCUUCGAGACGCGCUCCGACAGCUUUUACUUCGCCAAUAACAAGCUCAUCUUGCACCACAAAGCUGAGUACUCCUUUUGCCAGCAAGAGGAAGUCAAGGCACCGAGCCAAUAG